CUCUUCUGGUGGCCGCGGAACUUGGAGCCGCUGUAGAGCAGGCUGGUGGCCACGCCGGGCUGCUGGGUGUUGAUGGGCGGCGGCGGGAUGAGGGAGGCCGCCGAUGUGGCUGAGGCACCCGCCGGCGGGGGACACUCGGCGUACAACCAGGCCCUUGGGCGUGAUGUGGCGGAUCUGCCCCCGGCUGAGGGACCGGGGGCGCUGCCUCUUGAAUCGGCUUCCCAGUGAUCCCACCGCCUCAGUGUGGCGGGGGCCAGCCCCGCGACCUCCGGCCCGGGCCUACGUCCCUCCAACAGAGAGAAAGAGGUUUUAUCAGAAUGUCAGCAUCUCACAAGGUGAAGGUGGCUUUGAGAUAAACCUGGACCACAGGAAGCUGAAAACUCCCCAAGCGAAGCUUUUCACCGUUCCCAGUGAGGCCCUGGCCAUCGCAGUGGCCACUGAGUGGGACUCGCAGCAGGAUACCAUCAAGUUCUACACCAUGCACCUGACCACAUUGUGCAACACCUCCUUGGACAACCCAACCCAGCGAAACAAGGAUCAGCUGAUCCGUGCAACUGUGAAGUUCCUGGACACUGACACCCUCUGCUACAGGGUGGAAGAGCCAGAGACAUUAGUGGAACUUCAAAAGAACGAAUGGGAUCCAAUCAUAGACUGGGCUGAGAAAAGGUAUGAUGUGGAGAUCGGCACCUCCACCAGCAUAACGGGACCCAGCAUCCCCACCCACACCCGAGAGGUGCUUACCAGCCACUUGUCCUCUUACAACAUGUGGGCCCUGCAAGGGAUUGAGUUUGUAGUGGCCCAGCUCAAGUCCAUGUUGCUGACCUUGGGCCUGAUUGACCUGCGCCUGACUGUGGAGCAAGCUGUGCUUCUGUCACGCCUGGAGGAGGAGUACCAGAUCCAGAAGUGGGGCAACAUUGAGUGGGCCCACGACUAUGAGCUCCAGGAACUGCGGGCUCGCACUGCUGCUGGCACCCUUUUUGUCCACCUCUGCUCAGAAAGCUCUACAGUCAAGCACAAGCUCCUACAAGAGUGAGGCCUGGCUGGCUGAACACGCUGGCUGGAAGGAACUGCACAGACACAGGUUCCCUGAUCUGGGCUUCCCUGGCUGUUGGAUCUCUGGACCCAGUGAAACUCUGUUGGUCUUUACCUAUAGGGUUCUCCCAGUCUAUGCCUGUGGGGCUGCCUAGCCUGUACCUGGGUCUUCCCUGGCCUUUAUGGCUUGUCCUUAUCCAAAAGCACCCUGUGAUACCCUGGAGAUACAGUGUGCCUGUCUUGAGUUCAGAUAGCCGAUCCAGGUACCCUGGGCCUGGCCAGUGAGGGAGGGAGAGGAGUGGACUUUCUUUUGAUCCUAAUUUUAUUAAAUAUUUUUUCAUGCUGGAAAUAA